AACAUUUUUACGCUUUCCUUUAUUAGAGCUAAAUAAUCUUUACAGAAACGUUUCACAACCCUAAACGCAAACGCGAUCUCUGGCACUGCUGACGUUUGUGGUCGAUUGGACUAAGUUACGAGAUUGGUGAAGUGUCUGAUUUACAAACUUUUUAUUCUCUCAAACAAACUCUGACGCGCGUCACGUGACGGUUGAAACAGACUGAUGACUGAUCAUGACACAACCAAAGGAGGAAUAUAAGGAUGGCAAUUCUCUGGAGCCGUUUGAAGUGAGAAGUAAAGAUAAGGCGCUCGUGAUGAUUCAGGAACAGAAGAUCAGAGGGAAGAAAUCUCAUUACUGCUCAGAAUGUGGAAAGAGUUUCACCCUGAAAGCCCAGUUAACAAGACACACGAGCAUCCACAGCGGACAUAAACCCUUCCAGUGUUCCCAGUGUUCAAAGUCCUUCAGAACCGCAGACAACCUGCAGGAGCAUUCGCACAAACACACCGGAGAAAAGCCACACGAGUGCCAUCAAUGUGGAAAGAGCUUCUUACGACCAGGGAGACUUGAAGUUCACAGGAGAGUUCACACUGGAGAAAAACCUCAUAAAUGUGUUCAGUGUGGAAAGAGUUUCAAAAGCACGAGUGAACUGAAGGGUCACGCGCUCAUACAUGCGGGACAGAAGCGCUUUCACUGUGGUAAAUGUGAAAAGAGUUUCACCCGCAGUGGACAGUUGACUAGACACAUGCGUUUACACACCGGUGAGAAACCUUACCAGUGUAAACAGUGUAAGAAGUGUUUCUCACGAGCAGAACACCUCAGAGGACACCUCAGUGUUCAUACAAAAUGAACACACAGAGCAAAGUAUUUAAAAAAGUAUUAAAAGGUUUGUUUGAUAAAAGCGGAACAAACAAAUGUAUGGCAAGCCGUUUUAACUUUUAUUCAUUGAGUUCUUGUUAUCAACAAUUCAA